AUGGGCGAACCGUCCCCAGAUGCAUCUCGCAGCAUGCCGCCGGAGUCGGCAUCUGACAAGCAGCAGGACCCAGAGGACGAGCAGCGGAGGAAAGACGAUCAUGAAGCUGAGCUCGUCUCGGCAGAGCAGCCGAGCCUAAUUGCUGCUAAGCUGCAGGGCACCGAUGGCGCUGAGCAGGCUAAAGCCGCCGAUCAGCUGGGGGAUUCAGCCACUGCUGGAGAUGCUGCCAGCAGCCACAGCGAAAGCAGGAGUGCCAGUCCUACGAGAUCCGCCCACAUUCCGAAGCAACGCCAGCAGCAGCCACAACCUGAAGCUGAGGCUGCUGGCGGCGAGCAUUCUUCCGCUCCGCUAGCACCACCCAAGAGCCAACACCCAUCUCUGCCAUCCCAAUUAUCGCCGCUGCCCACCGAGCUACACAGCAUCGACGAGGCACCAAGCCCUCCGUCACCCCAUUCACCGCCAGAGCGCUCCGCCAGCCAUCCUCCUGUCCAGCAUUCCGUUGCCGACGGCGCUUGCGACGCCUGGGCCGGCUCCUCUACCUCGCCCGCCAAUGACAGCGGAAGAGUCGCACGCCGCCGAGACAAGACACCGGACACGUUGUCUCUGAAUCUCCACGACAAUAAUAAAUCCUUUCUGGCAGCUGAGCCACCCAACGUCGACACACCUGCCUCCCCCAGCAUCCGGGUCCAGCCACCAAUACGGCGCCAGAGCCUGCUUAGCAAUCGUCAGUCGAAUCUGAUUCAUUCGCUUCUGGGUGCAUAUGAUUUCGAAGACAACGGCAGCGGUCUGCCUCCUCUCGACAUAGUUGCCAAAAUGGCACAGCGCAAGAUCUGGGUCAAGCGACCGAACGCUUCGCCUACUCUGGUCAUCGUUAACGAGGACGACCUGGUCGACGACGUCCGCGGAGCGAUUUUGCACAAGUAUGGCAAUUCGCUUGGCCGAAGCUUCGACGCCCCCGAUCUAACACUCCGAAUCUCCCCCCGCGAGCAACCACAGCGCGAGCGUAUUCUCGGCCCAGAAGAGCCCAUCUGCCGCACCUUGGACACGUGUUUCCCUGAUGGUCAGCGCGUAGAUGAGGCUCUCAUCAUCGAUAUCCCUGCUCGCCGAACGCCGAGACCGUCACCGCGAAUCCAAGCUGGAUAUUACAUCAAUGACGAAGGCCGGCCAUCAGAGGCUGCCGAGGGCUAUUUCCCACCUGUUGGUGGCAUACCUUCACCCCAUCAUACCGUCACCGUCCAGCCACCAACUAAUGGAACAGUCCCUCACUCAAUUGCCGUUAUUGGCACCGGCCACAUCCCUCCGAUCCCAUCGCCUGGUGCGAACCACCCUCAAGGCGCCUCAAACUCCGUCGACAAUACCAGCUACGGUCACGGUACGCAGCACUACACCUCACGACCUUCUCAUUCGCGGGCCCAUUCGAACUCGUCAGAGUACCAAAAGGGAUUGCCACCGCCAACAAACCCUAUAACCUCCUCUCCAGGACCUAUCGUCUCACAUCCGCGCUCCUCGACUCCCCCUCCCCGAAUCUCCUCUCCCCGCCCGAACGCAAACCGCAAGAAAUCUAGGAGAACAGCCGAAUACCCCACCGCACCAACCGCCAUCAACGUCGGUGUUCCACCCAUCAAUGUCCUUAUCGUAGAGGAUAACCCUAUCAACCUCAAGCUCUUGGAGGCCUUUGUCAAGCGGCUCAAGGUUCGGUGGCAGACGGCAAUGCACGGCCGGGAAGCGGUAGAUAAAUGGAGAACGGGCGGCUUCCAUCUGGUUCUGAUGGAUAUUCAGCUCCCGGUCAUGGAUGGCCUGGACGCAACACGAGAAAUUAGACGACUUGAGCGCGUCAAUAAUAUCGGCGUAUUCUCAUCUUCGGACGGCCUGCCCGAAGAAUCCGACGAUGGCGACAUCAAGGAGCAAGACCGACUGCAACAUAAAGAGCUAUUCAAGAGCCCACCUGUCAACUUUGUGUGGCUUGAGCGGAAAGUCAUGGAAUGGGGCUGCAUGCAGGCGCUGAUCGAUUUUGACGGCUGGAGAAAGUGGAAAGACUUCUCCCAAUUGAACCAAGAAAGUGAGGCGUCCAAGAAAGCAACCGCCGCUGCUAAGGCCAAGGCGACGAAGAAGAAGAACCGUUCGUCACUUUCGACAUACACUUGA